GAACGAAGGUGCAACUAGUUCAAUAUCAUCUACUUCGCCGGCGGGCGGGCGUGGAACAGCAGGCACUGGUGAUCGUGGCAAUAAAGGUUCUAGUUCGGCUGGGGCGUUUCCCAUGGGUUUAGUAGAGAAAAUGAAAUCAGCACUUGUCACGAAGAAGGAAAUCGAAGAUGGCAUAGGGAAUCCGCAGGAAAGCGGUGAACAAUCGGCACCGCGCAGCCAGUCAGCGACGCCGCGCGUAGGGUCGUCUUCACCGCGUAAAUCGGUUUUACGUUCUGCCACAGUCAAACUCUUUUGGCAUCUGCAUAUUCACUUUCACCAUUUAACAUUCUCGGAAAAUGUUUCUUUUAUUGGCCGAAGUUUCCUCUAAUAGCAAACGGGAGCUCCUCGGCGGGAGGACUUAAGGGUCCAAGCACUUUGGCUGACGCUGUUGUUGCCGCAUCAGGUGUUUCGCUCGGGACUGAAGCAAGCAGACACUACCGGAGUAUUCAUGCGUUCCUCGUGGACCGCAUCAAUCGGUUGCAAAAGACCUUAGAUAGCGAAGAAGCUGACAUCAACCGUUUGGUUACCGCAAUGCAGCUUAUGAGAGAUAGUA